CAUCAGAACAUCAACAAUGAAGAUCCACGAGCCCAUCAACAAAUGUUUUAACAACCAAGUGAUGGCAGAGAGGGCUUUGCGAGUUGCACUCAACAUCAAUCCAAUAUUCAAACUCAAAUUUGACGAAGGAUAGAUUUAAAAAAGAAGAAUAAACACUUUUCAACUCUGGUGUACAAACAAGAGGAUUAUACUCUAUUAGCAACUCCAAAUCUACUAGAAUACGAUGAUGUCUACGAUGCGCUUAUCGGCAGCUGCCAACACCAUCGCUCGGCGUUUGAAGCCCUUUGGUUCUUCGUCGAAACUUCCAAUGACAAUGGCUUCUCGAUCUCUAUCUACUGCCCCUAAGGAAAGCUUGAACGACAUGCAGGUGGUCAUUGAUCGCUACAAUCCAGCUGACACUGCCGCCAACCGCCUCCCCAACGACGCUCUUGAUCGCAACGCUCUCUAUGAAACUGAGGAAACGCGCGAGAUGGGGGGAAUCACUGCUUCCGUUCACAGCAACUGGACCAAGCAAGAGAUUGCCGAGAUUUAUGACCUGCCCUUUCAUGAACUCAUGUACCGGGCGAGCACUGUUCACCGCAUGUACUGGGACCCAUCGGAGGUGCAGCAAUGCACUUUGCUCAGCAUCAAAACCGGAGGAUGCACCGAAGAUUGCUCUUAUUGCUCGCAAUCAACCCGCCACAAGACUUUUGUGAAACCUACCCCGACCAUGAAAGUUCAGGAGGUCUUGGAGGCAGCUGCCAGAGCCAAGGAGGCGGGAUCGACACGAUUCUGCAUGGGUGCCGCCUGGAGAGAGCUUGGCAACAAGAAGAACGCAUUUCGCCACAUUCUCGAAAUGGUCGAAGGGGUAAAUGGUAUGGGACUGGAAGUUUGUUGCACACUGGGUAUGUUGACGGCUGAACAAGCCAAACAGCUCAAACAGGCAGGUCUUUCGGCCUACAACCACAAUUUGGAUACCUCUCCUGAACAUUACCCAAACGUUAUCACAACGCGCAGUUAUGAAGAUCGUUUGCAAACCAUUGCUAACGUCCGAGAUGCUGGUAUUCAGGUCUGCUGCGGUGGAAUUUUGGGUUUGGGAGAAGAAGAUAACGACCGUGUUGGACUUCUUCAUGUUUUGGCAACUCUUCCCGAACACCCUGAAUCUGUCCCCAUCAACGCCCUGGUUUCUGUCGAAGGGACCCCCCUCGGCGAAGACGACGACAUUGGAAAAGUCGACGCCUUUGAUAUGGCCCGUAUGAUCGCAACGGCUCGCGUCGUCAUGCCCCGAACCUUGGUUCGAUUGUCGGCAGGUCGAAUGUCCUUCAGUGAAGCGGAACAAUUCUUGAUGUUCCAGGCUGGUGCCAACUCCAUUUUCAACGGUGACAAGCUGCUCACUACAGCAAACCCCGAAUUCGACGCCGAUCAGGCUAUGUUCGAGAGAUUUGGCUUCAAGGGCAAGCCGGCCCACAAGGGACCUCUUAUGGCUCCCUCGGAGAGCAGUGGCCAGGUCCAUAUCACCCAUGUUACAGCGAACGAGCAACAAUAUGCUUGAAUGUUGCAAUUCGUACUGCCAUCAAGUGAUUCACGUCUUCUCGCGAGAAUCCAGGAUCAAAAGAAGGCAGAAGAAGCCCAAGAACAUUCUAAUUUUGAACGAGAGCUACAAAUCACCACCAACCAAUUUACGUCGAAGCAUUAUCACCAGUGCUAUAAUCUUUUUAGG